AUGAACCGAGUGGACAUGAAUGUGCAGACGCCGCCUGCGGGCUGGUGGCGGCUGGAUGCAGAGCAAGAGGCAGCAGACAAGGAUGUAAAAAAGAGUGAAGAGGAAGAAGUAGCGGCUAAGACGGAAGGAGAUGAUAAGGAGAAGGAGCGUGAAGACGCCGAGGCCGAAGCAGAGGAGGAGGAAGUGGCGGCUACCGAAGAAUCGGCAGAUUCGGGCGCAAAGGAGAUCAGAAAGAUGGAGCUGCACAUCGGCAAGAAAGUGGCCUUCAUCCUCUACAAUGUUCUGUCGCCGGCCGAGUGCCGCCACCUCGUCGCCAAGACGGAGGAGAUGGGCUACAAGCCGAUGCCCGAGUACCCCACCUCCUACCGCAGCAACACGCGCCUCAUCAUCGACGACGAGGAGCUCCAGGAGGAGAUCUGGCGGCGCGUGCAGCCCCACAUCCCCGCCGAGUUCGAGGAUCGACGCGGCAAGUGGCACCCCUACGGCCUCAACGCUCGGUGGCGCUUCUGCAGGUAUACCCCGGGCCAGCACUUCUCGUCCCACUGCGAUGGUGCCUUCGAGCUCGGCGUCAGGGACAGGAGUCAGCUCACGUUCAUGUUCUACUUGAACGGCGGCUUCGAUGGCGGUGCGACGGUGUUCCUGGAGGGCGGGCGGAAGGAGGUGCAGCCAGAGGCCGGCAUGGUGCUCAUCUUCCAGCACAACAUCCUGCACGAGGGCCAGCGCCUGGCCACCGGCAAGAAGUACAUCAUGCGCAGCGACGUCAUGGCCGACAGGCUGGGCACGGCCGAGGUCAUGGCGGCCAGGGCCUGUCGCGAGGCCAAUGACGGCGGCGGCCCCCAGCGCGCGGCCGCGUAG